AUGAAUGUCGGUGAACCAGAAGUCAUCGAUCUUUUAUCAUCAGACGAGGAAUGUUCCGUCUCUAAGGAGAAGUCGGAUACGGCGCCCAUAAUCAUUGAAAAGAACCCCCGAAAUGCUAAGGUUGUCAAAGUCGAAAGAGAUGAGCUAGAAAAACCGAAAAAGAAGAAAAGAGAGCGGAAGCCAAUACCAAUACUCAAAAUACUAACUUUCGAGAACGUCAAGGGACACAAGUUUUCUGUGUCUGUGGAUGCUUUCAAUUACAAAAAACAUGAUUCUAUUGAUCACUAUUUCUUAUCACAUUUUCAUGCAGAUCAUUACUAUGGAAUCACCAAAGGAUGGAAUAAUGGAGAAAUAUACUGCUCGGAGAUCACGGCCAACCUUUUGGCUUUAAAAUACAAGAUCAAUCCAAGCAUUAUUCAUCCAUUGAAGUUGAAUGUGACUUAUGAGCUAGUUGACAAUUUAUUCAUUACAUUGAUAGACGCAAAUCAUUGUCCUGGUGCUGCUAUCAUAUUGUUUGAAUAUAUCACAAAUAUGAAGAAAAAAUCGAAUAUUAAAGAGGAAGAUAACCUUUAUGAGAAUAAUUAUCAUGAUAUGCAAGAAGAUGAAAUCUGGGAGCUUUUGGAGAGAGAAAAGUUUGGUAUUGAAGAAAACAAUAUUCUCAAUGAAUCUUCUAAUCUAAAUAAUCGUCGAUUUAUCAGAGCAUGUGAGAACUGUGGUAUCAAAGUUUUCAGGAUUUUGCACACGGGAGAUUUUAGGGUUUGUAAAACAAUAAUUUGCAAUUCUUUGAUUGCCAACCAUAAAAUUGAUAAAUUGUAUUUGGACACCACUUAUUUUGAUCCUCGUUACACGUUCCCGGAUCAAGAUUUGGUAGUUAAACAAUUUGCAGAAUUUGUUGUGGAGUUAGUAUAUGGGGUCUUCUUCCAGAAUUUGGCGGAAUCUAACGGAAAAGGAGACUCCACAUUACUAUAUUUUCAAAAGAGAAUCACUGAUUUCUUUACAGAAAAGCCAAAAGAACCUCCAAAAACAAAGCGCAAAACUAAAUCUAAAGCUGGGUCGUAUGAAAAUGAAUUUCUUGGGCCAUCCACAGGGUUCAACAAAUUUAAAUACAAUUAUCUUAUUUGUAUCGGGACUUACACUAUAGGCAAAGAAAAAAUCGCCAUUGAGUUAGCUAAAAAGUUGAAUUUGAAAAUUUAUGCGAACGGAGCCAAAAGAGAAAUUUUCAAUACUUUCACCGAUUCAGAUCAUAGCUCUUUCAGGGAUUUGAUUAUUGAUGAUCCUUUUGCUACUAAUAUUCAUUUGGUUCCCAUGCGAUCCAUAUCUUCACCAGCUUUAUUGGAAGCUUAUUACAAGCCCUUAAGAUUGACUUACAAGAAUAUUAUAGGAAUAAGGCCAACUGGUUGGACACUAAGAUCGAAACCCUCAUUCACCGCCCAUGAAUUGAGGACCUUGACGAAUGAGGAAAUUUUAGCUGCCACUGUUAAUAAUGAUAAAGUGCAUUCUUUCGGAAUUGAUGAUUUUUAUGCACAAUUCAACGCUAGCAAAGUUUUGCAAAUUUACAACAUCCCGUACAGUGAGCAUUCAAGUUUUCGAGAGUUAUGCAUGUUCAUAAUUUUGUUGAAUGUCCAGCAAGUGAUACCUACCGUGAAUCUUCAUAAUCUUGAAAGUAUUAGAAGGAUGGAACAAUGGGUAUCUAUUUGUAAAAAAAUGAAGGAAGAAAAGCACUACAGCAUUGAAGAUUUUUGA